AACAUUGAAAUUCUCAACUCCUUGGCUCGAAGGGACGGACGGCAGCCCAAUCGCGACGGAGGAGCCGAGCUCCUCUGACUCUGGUGCUUCCCCCCUGGUGCAUGCGCACGGCGUCGGCGUCGUCUGCGCGCGGCGACUUGGCGCUCAUGAGCGUCGGCGCGUCGCUCAACGGCGACGAGCUCACCGAGGGGCUGCUCGCUGCGGACGGGCGCGGGCGGGGCCCCGCGGCGCCGCCGGGCCGGCGGCGGUCGGCGUCGGAGAGCUUCCCGGAGCGCUUGCCGUCGCGGGACGGUAGCGUGGGCACGAGCGUCGGCGCCUGGGCGGCGGGCUUCGCGCGGCGCGGGUCGCUGGACCCCUUCGCGCGGGAGGUCGUCGACGGGGAGCGCGCGGCCGCGCGGCGCGCCGCGCUCGGCGGGUCGAGCCGGGACCUCGCGGGCCUCGGCGACGUCGAGGGCGCGGCGCCCGCGGCGCCGCCCGGGAGCCCCGCGGCGCCGCCGAAGUCGCGGACGGAGGUGCAGCUGCUGUCGUCGUUCGAGGCCCUCGACUACGGGCCGUCGAUGUCCGCGUACCGGCGCGCGCGGCGCCGCGACCGGCGGCGCGCCGAGGGGGACGCCCUCGUCGCCUUCGCGACCCUGCUGGCCGUCGGGUGCAUCGUCGGCACCUGCGGCUUCUGCGUCGCGCGCGGGACGACGUCCUUCCAGGCGCGGCGCUGCGCGGAAAUCGACCGCCGGGCGCGGCGCCUCGAGCUCGCGCGCUACGGCCCGUCGGGCGCGGUGACGCCGGGCGGCGUCGCCCGCGUGCUCGCCGCGUCCGCGGGCCUCGCCGUCGCGUCGGCGCUGCUCGUCGUCGGCGUCGAGGCCGCGGCCGCGGGCUCGGGCAUCCCGGAGGCCAAGGCGUACCUCAACGGCGUCAACUACAGCCGCUACCUCGCGCUGCGCUGCGGCGCGGUCAAGGCCGUCGCCGUCGUCCUGUCCGUGGCGUCGGGCCUCGUCGUCGGGCGCGAGGGGCCCCUGAUCCACGUCGGCGCGGUCGUCGGCAACGCGCUCGCGACGUGGCCCGGCGCGAACCGGCUCGCGCGGCUCCGCGGCGUGAAUUGGACCUGGCAGCACCGCUUCCGCCACGACGCCUGGAAGCGCGAGUUCGUCGCCUGCGGCGCGGCCGCGGGCGUCGCCGCGGCCUUCGGGAGCCCCAUCGGCGGCGUCGCGUUCGCGCUCGAGGAGGCGACGACGUUCUGGGACGCGGCGCUGACCGCGCGGGCCUUCGCGGCGACGGGCGCGGCGACGGCGACGCUCUGGACCUUCGAGGCGAAGUUCCCGCUGGGCGACGUCGACGACGGCCGGCGCCGCGUGCGGUCGUCCUUCUGGCGGCUGCUCAAGUUCGGCAGCUUCGGCGACCAGCCCGCGUACGACCUGCGGGAUUUGCCCUUGAUGGUCCUGGGCCUCGGCGUGCUCGGCGGCGUCGUCGGCGCGGCGUUCUGCCACUGCAACGUGCGCCUGUCGCGGUGGCGGCGCCGCCGCGUGCUCGGGCGGCCCGCGCGGCGCGUCGCGGAGGUCGGCGCCGCGGCGCUGCUCACCGCGGGCGUCAUGGCGGCCCUGCCGGCGCUCGUCGGGAGCUGCCGCGCCGCGACGCCCCAGUGGGCCUGCAGCGCGACGGAGAACGGCCACUACUGCGGCGACUACUACGGCCGCGGCGCGCGCGGCGGCGCCGGCGGCAACGCGACCGCGUGCGCCUACGAGUGCUGGGACCGGUCGACCUACGAGCGCGGCGGCUGCGGCGAGGGCUUCUUCGACGCGGCGGCGACGCUGUCCAUGCGGCCGAGCGACGGCGCGAUCGCGGCGCUCUUCCACGACGACGACGUCGCCUUCGGCGCCGCGGCGCUCGCCGCGUACGCGGCCGCGGCGUUCGCUCUCGCGGCGCUGACCUACGGCGUCGCGGUGCCCUCGGGGCUCUUCGUGCCGUCGAUCCUCAUCGGCGGCGCCCUGGGCCGCCUCGCGGGCGAAGCCUACCGGGCCCUGGACCUCGUGCCCGGCGGCGUCCACGUGCGGCCGGGCGUCUGGGCCGUCUGCGGCGCCGCGGCCGUGCUCGCGGGCGCGGGCGUCACGCGGCUCACGAUGACGAUCACGGUCAUCGUCUUCGAGACGACGGGCCUCAGCGACCUCGCGCCGCCGCUCAUGGGCGUCGUCUGCGUCGCCAAGACGCUGGCGGACGCGCUCGGCGGGCCGCGGUCCAUCUACGACGCGCACGUCGCGCUCAAGUGCAUCCCCUACCUCGACGACGAGUCCAACGGCGACGACGGCGACGCGGUCGUCGGCGACGUCAUGGCGACGGCCGUGCGCUGCGUGCCCGACGUCGCGCCCCACGCCGCGGCGCUGUCCUGCCUCGAGGACACGCGGCACAACGCGUUCCCCGUGCUCGCGGCCGGCGACGGCGCGUUCGUCGGGCUCGUGUCGCGGCGCGAGCUCGCGGCGCUGCUGGCCCACGUCGCGGCCCUCGCGGCCGACCCGCGCCGGCCCCGGGGCCCCGCGGGGCCCGCGCCGGCCGACGCGUUCUCCUCGUCGCUCCAGAGCCGCGUCGCGCCGCUCCCGCCGCGCGCGGUCGCCGCGCUCGAGGCCGCGGCGCCCCCGCUGGACCGCCUCGACCUCCGGCCCUACGUCGACGUCGCGCCCGUGACCGUGCCGCCCCACUGCCCCGUGCCCCGCGCCUUCCGCAUCUUCAAGGCCCUCGGCGUGCGCCACCUGCCCGCGGGCGCGCGCGCGUCCCCCGCGUCGCCGCUGCGGCGCCGCCGCGCGCCGCCGCGCGCGCGGCCGACGGUCCGCGACGUCGUCCCGCUCCCGGGCCAGAGCAUCGACGAGGCCCUCGAGGAGGCGGAGCUCCGCUACAUCGAGGACUUCCCGGAGGAGUUCCAGGACGACGAGCGGGCGCCCGCCGCCGUCGACGCCCCGCGGCCGGAGCGCGCGGCGCCGCGCUCGAAGCCCGACGCCGACGGGGCCGCGCCGCCGGCCGCGGAGCCGCUCGCCGGGGCGUCGCCCCCGCGACGGCGCCGGCGCCAGGCGGUCCCGCCACUGGCGCCGGCCGCCGCGCCGCCGCCACCGACCGGCGGCGGCGCGCCGCGCGUCGAGGACGAGGACCGCGAGCGCGUCCCGCUCGGGCCGCGCGCCGCGCGGCUCGCGGCCGCGGAGCGCCGGACCCGCGAGCUCGAGGGCCGCGCCGCGGCGAGCGCGCCGUCGCGCGGCGUCGAGCGCGGCGCCGGCAAGUACCAGAGCCGCCUCCUCGGCGACCGCCGCGACGCCGCCAAGUUCGACCGGCCGCCCGACGAACGCGCCGCGCCGCCGCCGGCCGCGCGCGCGGACGGCGCCCCGGAGCCGGGAUGGGACCGGCCCCUGAACCCGCGCCAGGUCGCGCGGAUCCGCAAGCGGCGCCGCGACCUCGACGUCCUGCGCUCCGUCGGCCGGCUCCCCGCGUGGCUCGACCCGCGCGAGGGCCGCCGCGUCGCGAAGCCCAAGACCGAGAGCCGCCAGAGGCACGCGAGCUCGCGGCCGCGGACUGAGAAGGGCGUCUUCAUGACCCGGGCGCAGCUCGACGCCGAGGGCUACGCCCGGGACCCCGCCACGGGAGACUGGUCCAAGCGCGGCCCCGCCGUGCGCGUCGAUACGACCACCCGCCCCUCUUAGUCGGUGUUUUUAUUGU